CCUUUUUUGGGGGCCUAUUCUUCGGGGUUUCGGGCCUCCCUGCCGGGCUCCACGCCUCAGUUUCGGCUUUGCGCGCCAUGCCCUCGGUGCACGUGGCGCUGCUCAGCGGCCGCUCCGUGGCGCUCAGCGCGGCAGGCGCGGUGCGAGCGGAGGACCUGCGGCGCGCGGCGCAGCGAAAGCUGGGCCGCCACCUGGCGCAGCUGGUGCUGCACGGCCAGGUGCUGGAGGAUCACACGCUGCAGGAGUUGCAGGGGGGCGAGACCUUCUUCGCCUUGGCGCGGCGCUGCCAGGUGGUCUCCAGCAGACGCUCUGCGGCCUUUGCGGCCAUCCUGGAGGAUGGCUCGGUGGCCACCUGGGGCCACCCCCAGUUCGGGGGCGACAGCAGCGAGGUCGCGGAGCAGCUGACGGAGGUGGUGGACAUUGCAGCGGCCACUUUGGCCUUUGCCGCUCUGAAGGCAGAUGGCACCGUGGUCAGUUGGGGCCACGCCAAUUUCGGUGGCUGGAGUGCAGGCGUGCACGAGCAGUUGGUGGACGUUGUCAAGGUGCGUGCAGCCAGGGAUGCGUUUGCUGCCAUCCGUGCAGAUGGGAGUGUGGUGACCUGGGGCAACGCUGGCACGGGGGGCGCUUGUACUUUGCAGCUGCGGGAGGUCCAGGAGAUUUCCGCCACCUGCGAGGCGUUCGCCGCGCUGCGCCAGGAUGGGUCCGUGGUGACCUGGGGCCGCGCGGAUUGGGGCGGGGACUCCUCACAGGUCUCCGAGCAGCUCCGAGAGGUGCAGCAGGUUGCCGCCUCCAGCCGCGCCUUCUGCGCGCUCCGCCGUGACGGGCAGCUGGUCGCCUGGGGCGACGCUGGGUGUGGGGGCGACGGCCCCGAGGAGGCGGGCGAGACGAACGGGCGCCUCCGAAGCCAAAAGGGGCGAGCGAAGGCGAGUCCUGCAAGGCCACGAAGGUGGUGGCGUCCAACCACGCCUUCGCGGCGAUCCGCCAGGACGGCACGGUGGUCACCUGGGGCUGCGCCGAGAGCGGCGGCGAUCGCCGCAACGUGGAGCUCACCGACGUGCAGGACAUCGUGGCGUCAGGGGAAGCCUUUGCCGCCUUGCGGCGUGAUGGGACUGUGGUCACCUGGGGUGCUCCGACGGCUGGUGGAGAUCCGGUGAAGUUGAAGGAUGUCCAGCAGCUGGUCGCCUCCUCCAAGGCUUUUGCAGCCAUCUUGGCCUCGGGCAACGUGGUGACUUGGGGCCAGAGCCGGUGGGGCGGGCACAGCGCGCACGUGCAGGACCAGCUGCAAGAUGUCCAGCAGGUUGUGGCCAGCAGCAAAGCCUUCGCCGCUGUCAGGGCGGAUGGCCGGAUCGUCACCUGGGGCGAUCCCAUGCUGGGCGGCAACUUGGUAGGCUUCGUCAAGGGCCAGUUUCGCGACAUCCGCGGACUGAAGCGCAAGGCUGAGAAGUCGGGGGCGCACCCCGGCGACGCCGCGAGCCCGGAGAAAGGGCGUGAGCCAUUCUGGGAUUUUUUAGCAUUGCGCUGGUCGAGCGAGUA